AUGAACUCCCAAAAAUCGCUAUACCAUGGCUAUAGAGUUUUGCUGGCCGCAAAGGAAGUUGUAUCUGGAUCUUUAAAUAUUGCAAAAGGAUCUUUUUCGCAAUGGCUUUUGACAUCAGAUUUGACUAGGCCUCUACUAUCUGAAUUCCGAUGCUUCUACGAUAAAGAAUGGGAAAAAGCCAAGGCUUUAUCUCAUAGCAUUCAUCAUCAAAAACCUAUGAGCAUUAAUAGCAACAGUACUCUAGGUAUGCCAAAAGUAGGGAAGAAAAAGGUUAGACAUUAUUCAACUCAGGCUAAAAAAUUGAUAUCUUCUAAUGAUACCGAAGAGAAAAUUCACGAGCUUCAAAGCUCAGAGGUACCCAGUUCUCGUGUUUCGCGGUUAUUUCAUUAUGGUUCAUUGGCCGCUGGAGUUGGAAUAUCCGCGGCUAUGAGUGGAUUGAAUCAAAUAUCUAAGGGCCAAAGCCCCAGCUUGAAGUCUUUAGUUUUAUCUGAGUCAAAUAUUACACGUAUAACCCAUAAAUUUUCUAAAAUGCGCGGUGCUGCAUUAAAGAUAGGUCAAAUGAUGUCUUUCCAGGACGCUAAAGUACUACCUACUGAAUUAUAUCGUAUACUUUCCACUGUACAGAAUAAUGCGCACUAUAUGCCACAAAGUCAGCUACAAAGACUUUUAAAUAGGGAAUUUGGCCCUGGCUGGGAGGUGAAAUUCAGUAAAUUUAACAAGGUACCAAUUGCAGCAGCUAGUAUUGGACAGGUGCAUAAUGCCAUAUUAAGUGAUGGCACAGAAUGCGUUGUCAAAGUGCAGUAUCCAGGGGUUAGAGACUCAAUUGAUUCUGAUUUGAAUAAUAUCCUGAUGCUGCUUACUGCCACCAGUUUACUACCAAAAGGACUCUUUUUAGAUAAGACUAUCGCUAAUGCGAGAACUGAAUUGAAAUGGGAAUGUGAUUAUAUACGCGAGGCCGAAUGCCUUAAGCAUUUUCGGGAACUCCUACAGGAUGAUCCAGUUUUCGUUGUUCCUCGAGUAAUAGAGGAAUUAACAACACAGAACGUGCUUACGAUGACAAAGAUGAAGGGCAUUGAGAUUGUUAAGUUGUCGGAACAGUUAGCAACCCAGGAAGUCAGGAAUUAUAUUUGUGAAAACAUUAUGAGGCUUUGUUUGCAUGAAGUUGCUACUUACCGUUAUAUGCAGACAGAUCCAAACUGGGCCAACUUUUUGUACAAUAAAGAAACUCAAAAGAUUGAACUAAUUGACUUCGGUGCGUCAAGAUCAUAUUCCAAUGAAUUCGUUCACAAAUACAGAAAACUAUUAACUCAUGGAACUAAAGGAAAUAGGGAGGGGGCAUUUGAAAUGUCCAAAGAGUUAGGCUACUUGACAGGUUUAGAAUCUCAAGCCAUGGUUAAUGCACAUGUUGAUUCAAUUAUGACCUUAUGCGAGCCUUUCACUGGUGACAUUAACGCUACGUUCGAUUUUUCGAAACAAACUGUUACGGAUAGAAUCCGUGGUAACAUAGGUCUUAUGUUGAACCAAAGGUUGUGUCCUCCUCCAGAGGAAACAUAUUCUUUGCAUAGAAAAUUCAGCGGAGUUUUUUUGCUUUGCGCUAGGUUAGGUGCUAAAGUGCAUUGUGCAAAACUAUUCAGUGAGAUUUUUGCAGUAGAUGAUAACUGA